AUGCUCCCGAUAAAUUGUCAAGAGUUUCAGGAUUUGUCUGGUGCACUGAACAAGCCCGACGACGUUCCUGUCCCCGACAACGAACAAGAACAAGAACUAGAUACGAACCUGCCAACCUGCCAGAUGGACGGGGAUAGCUCUUCUACGGAGGAACAAGAGGACACGUCUGAGAGGAAACAAACCUCCAAGCUCACCCUCGCUGAAAAAUUGAGCAUCAUUCGCUCCCAUGAGAGCCCCGACUGCCUUUACAAAACUCACGAAAGUCUCGCCCGCGCCUUCGGCAAGAGCCGCUCAGCCAUCUCCAAACUUCUCCGACCCGAAAACGUGUACAAGCUGAAGCUGAUGGAGGCGUCGGGCGUGAAGCUGACAGUGAAGCGAGCGGUGAGGCAGAUUCCACAGUUCGAGGUGGCUGUCAGAACCUUCGUGCUGGGACUUGAAGGCAAGGCGCAGCGGCGACUGCGGGUGCAAGCGUUUGCGAAAGAGCUGGCGGGGAGGCUUGGGAUUGACAACUUCAGCGGGGGGAGGGGGUGGUACAACGGGUUCAUGAAGCGACAUGGGCUUGGGGUCGGAAACCACGAGGGAUGA